AUGGAUAAAGCCUAUUUCGGAGAAAUGACACUUCGUGCCUUAACCCCUGAAUAUUUGGACUGGUAUGCUAAAUUGGUUGAAGUACCAAGUUCUUUGACUGAUAAAAUUCGUUUGAUCUUAUAUAGAGCAUAUAUGGAAGAGACUGGGCUCGAUCCCUGGGUAAAGCCUGAAUCUUCACGAAUCGAAAAGGAUGCUGAUGAUCAUAUCUUACAGGACAGUUUACCGGAAACUCAGAUAGUAGUGCCAAACAAAAUUUACACCUCCUCAAUUUCCAAGACUGAUCCAAACAAAAAACGCCUUUAUCAGUAUGCCAUCGAACAUGGAAUAAAUCCCAAAAAAUUUUCAAUCAUUACAGAGGCUGAAAAAAAUAGGUGGGCCAUGGGGUGUUUUCGUGGGGAUUUGGAAAGAGAUAUAC